GUUUUCCUCAAGUACUACCACGUGGAGCAUCUGAAUCUGAUGGUGCAGCAGGCCACGCAGCGCAUCGUGCUGCUCCAAGCCUGCGUGCGAGGCUGGUUGGGCUCCAGACGCUACCGCCGGCUGCUGAAGGAGCGACAGCGCAGCGCUCUGGUGCUGCAGUCGGCUUACAGAGGCUAUCAAGUGCGGAAGAGGGUCUCCGACGACAAGAACAAGAAGCUGGAAGCCUUUGUCGUCCGGUUUCAAGCUGUCUGCAGGGGGUAUCUUGCCAAGAAGAAGUUCAAGGAGUUGGUGGAGGAGAAGCACAGAGCGGCAAGCAAGAUUCAGGCGCACUACAGAGGCCACAGAGACAGGAAGAACUUCAAAAGGAAACG